UAUAUAUAUACCUAUAUAAUCGGAGAUUACUUUGACGUGCUUUAUGAAGAGACACGAAGAUAUUCCUUCUGAAAACAUAGAGAAAAAGCCAAGACUAGACAUGUCCGCUUCAGAAUUCACCAGUGUUGGAGACCAAGUUGAAAACGUUGACCAUUCCAAUGAUGGAAUCAGACAAACUGGUAUGACCGACGCUGAAGGUCAUCCUAUCCAAGAAAUUGAAUCUUUAUGUAUGAACUGUCACGAAAAUGGUACUACCCGUAUGCUUUUGACUAAGAUUCCAUUCUUUAGAGAAAUUAUUAUCAUGUCAUUUGAGUGUCCACACUGUGGAUUUAAGAACUCAGAAAUUCAACCAGCUGCUCAAAUUGCUGAAAAGGGUUCAAGAUAUAUUUUGAAGAUUGAAGAUAAGAAGGACUUCAAUAGACAAGUGGUUAAGUCUGAAAGUGCCACUUGUAGAUUCAACGAGUUGGAUAUUGAAAUUCCUCCAAAGAGAGGUCAAUUAACCAAUGUCGAAGGUCUUUUGACUGAAAUGAUUGCUGACUUGGAAUCAGAUCAACCAGCAAGACAAACCGCUCAACCAGAAGUCUACGAAAAGAUUAACGAGGUUAUUGCCAAGAUCAACUCAUACAUAAAUGCCGAACCAAACACCCUCCCAUUGACAUUUUCUGUCGAUGACCCAGCUGGUAAUUCCUGGAUUGAAUACCUUCCAGGUGAAUCAACUCACAAGUGGUCUAUGUAUGAAUACAGCAGAACUGCUGAACAAAAUGUGUUUUUGGGUUUGAUUUCAGAAGAUGAUGUUGCUCAACAACGUCUUGUUGAAUCUAAAAACAAAAAGGCCGCCACUGCAAAGAACAUCAGUUCUUCAAUUGCAAAUGAACAAAAUGCUGCUGAUGAAGAAAAUAAGAACCCAAAAUCUACUGGUUUCAUUUCUGAUGAAACUGAGAUUGAAAACCUCGCUAAUGAAGUUCAAACUUUUUCUGCUACUUGUCCAACCUGUUACUCUGGUUGUGAAACUCACAUGAAGACUGUCAACAUUCCACAUUUCAAGGAUGUCAUCAUUAUGUCCACUGUCUGUGACGAAUGUGGCUAUAAGUCCAAUGAAGUUAAGACUGGUGGUGCCAUUCCAGAUCAAGGAAAGAAGAUCACCUUGAAGGUUACUGACCCUGAAGAUUUGGCCAGAGACAUCUUAAAAUCGGAAACCUGUGGUUUGAACAUUCCUGAAUUGAACUUGGAUUUAACUCCGGGUACUUUGGGUGGUAGAUUCACAACCAUUGAAGGUUUGCUCACCCAAGUUUACGAAGAAUUACAUGGAAGAGUCUUCACUCAAACUUCUGAUUCCAUGGACACUGAAACCAAGGCCAGAUGGACUACAUUCUUUGCUAGAUUGCAAGAUGCUGUUGAUGGUAAGAUUGGAUUCACAAUUCACAUGCUUGAUCCAUUAGCUUCCUCUUACAUCCAAAAUGUCUAUGCUCCUGAUAACGAUCCAAAUAUGUCUAUUGAGGAAUUUGAAAGAAGUCACGAACAAAACGAAGACUUGGGAUUGAAUGACAUGAAGACCGAUUAAUGUCUAUUGUACUUAUAAACUU